AUGGGAGGCCUUGUUGAUGAUAGAGUUUUCUCUGUGCUCAGCAGCCGCGGCUCUGCUUCCGAGUCAUUCGAAAAUAAGGAGCAUGGGGACAUUACAGUGAUGGCUCGUGCCUUUGAUGGAUUUGAUAACCUGGAGGCUCGUUAUGUCAUGUUCAUGCGAAUCCUGCGUCCUCCGAUCGGUAACCAGAAGAAAAAGGGGUAA